ACUGAUUUCAAACAGUGAGUGUUUGGUCAACGAGGAGGAGGAGGAGGUGGGAGAGGACGACGAGAAGGGUGGGGGACACAUCCUUUGCUAAUUCCGAGCUGCCAGACCGGGAGGAAACCCUGAGUGAGUCCGUGUGUAAACACAGCAGCUCGGUGACGAGACUCAGCCGAGCACCGCCGGUGACUGAGACACGCGCUCGGGAAAACUAAGAAACAGAAUAGGAAAAGAAAGGUUGGUUUGCUCAAGUGUUUUCUCUUUAGUUCGCCAUUUUCGCGUUACAUUAAUAUCAAAACCUCCAGUUUUAGUGCGUUUAUCCACCCGCUGAAUGGACACAGCCAUGGACCGAGGUGCGUUCACUGACCUGAUUGGACCUGAAUGCAAAUCACUGGUAAUUCAUUAAUAACCAUGUGUUUCGGUUUUUGACGAGUUGUAGUUUCAGAGGUACAAAAAUAAAAGAUUCACGCGGACAUUCAGUCACUCGUGUUGUUGUAGCAUCACAAUAACAUUCUUAUCAUCGGCCUGUUCAGACGGAGGGUAAAAGCUAUACUUUUUGGACAAUGUGUUCUUUCUUUUAUUCAAUUUCGCAACUGAGGGUCGGUUAAAUGAGUUGUGGUCGGUAACUUUCAAGUCGCCCUUUUUUUUAUUUUUUAACGAACUGAGACUCGAAGUCAAAAGACAGAACAUGGCUAAAAACCUGUCCGAGGGAGCGACGGAUGACCUGAGCCAGCUGACGGACGAGGAGCUGCUGCGCUGCGGGAAAGAGGAGCUGCUCCGGAGGCUGAGGAAGGUCGACAGCGAGAAAAUGAACUUGAUGAUCGAGCACGGGAACAUGAUGAAAGACAUCAACAGGAGGCUGCAGGUGCACCUGCACGAGAUCCGGAACCUGAAGGAGAUCAACCAGAAGCUGCAGGACGACAACCACGAGCUGCGAGAGCUCUGCUGUUUCCUGGACGAUGACCGGCAGAAGGGCAAGAAGCUGUCCCGAGAGUGGCAGCGCUUCGGCCGCUACACUGCCACUACCAUGUGGAAGGAGGUGGGCUCCUACAUGAUGAAGCUGAAAGAGCUUGAGGCCAACCAGGAGACUGUGUUGAGGGAGAACUCUGAGCUGAAGGAGAUCAUCCUCAUGCUGGAUGAGGAGAGGAACGGUGCAGGGUCCAGGAGCUCCAUAGACAGCCAGUCCAGUUUGACCAAUCUGAACGGGGGCACCGGGACGGUCAGGGAUGUUGGGGACGGGAGUAGCACCUCCAGCACAGGUAGUGCUGGCAGCCCCGAUCACCACAAUCACAACCACAUACACAAGCCUUCAGAGAACAGUAAGCUGGGCCCCACCAUGAGGAGGUCCAUGGAUGACCUGUCAGCACCUCAUCACAGAAGCAUCCCCAAUGGACUUAAUGAUCCCUCCUCCAACUACAUCAGGCAGCUGGAGACAAAAGUGCGGAUCCUGGAGGACGAUAACAAUAAGCUUCUUUCACAGGCUCAUAGCAGAUAUAGCUUAUCACAAAUACAGACGAAAAAGCAGUGUAACCCAGGUGACCUCCGUGCCCUGAGGAAGGGAAUGACCCUCUACCACUCAGAGUCCCAGCUUUCCUCGCUGCCCCAACGCCAGGACGCCAUGCACAUGGGUACGGGUCGUCUCCCAACCAGUGAGUCCUCCCCUGCUACAGGCUACCUGUCCUGUGUCCAGAAGCCUGAGGCUGUGGUGCAUGCCAUGAAGGUGCUCGAGGUCCACGAGAACCUGGACAAGCAGGUCCCUGAGGACUAUGAGGACGAUCUGAGUGAGAAGGAGAAGGCCAUUGUGCGAGAGAUGUGCAACGUGGUGUGGAGAAAGCUGGGCGACGCAGCGGGAUCAAAGCUGUCCGUCAGACAGCACCUCUCUGGGAACCAGUUCAAAGGGCCACUGUAGUGCUCCAGACGGAGAGAGGAAGGGAAAGAGGGAUGAGGAUCUAGAAUACAGGGCCCACAAUGCCGUGCUCCCUCCUGCCCACAGCAUUUCUCCAUCAAGCACUCUGUUAAGACUGACCGAGAUAGACACGAUACGGACCCGUAGUCUCUUAUUCACACUUUAUACGUCAUUUUUCUCUCAGAGCUCAUGUUGACAACUGGCAGCUAGUUUCACCGAUUCGCCACUUUUUCUUUGUUGGUUUGGAGACGACGCAGUGAUCUCUCUGCGUAAACCACUACACACACACACACAAACACACACACCACGUGCAGGCCAUAGCAACGCAACAUGAAGCUUAGGAUACGACAUGGUUGCAAGCACAGGACUCGCAUGUCUGUGGCAUGUGAGGGCAACAGCGUUUUUGAUAGCAUCUCCUGUAGAGACCUUAGCUCAUGUCACAUGUUUAUCGCUCCCUCCCUCUCUCCCCUGUUGUGGUCAACCAAGUAUAACCUUAGCGUUAGCAUUCUAAAGUGUUAACUAGGUGAAACCCACUGUGACCUAGCGCCUUUUGCUCAUAAGACAAGUCCAAGGAUAAUGAAGUCUAGAGAUCACUGUUAACUUGUGUAUAUUAUGUAUAAAACCAUGGCACUACUUCAUCGUUAUCGUUGACUUUUACUUUUAUCUGUUUUGUAUUCUAGCGUGGCCAUGUGAUCAAUAAUCUAGUUUGAAAAGCACACACAACCGGACCUUAAACAGGGUUUGCUUUUGGUAAUAAACUUAAUUCUUUUUUCUUUCUUUCUUUCUUUCUUUCUUUCUUUCUUGUUUUUUUAAAUUCUAUUGUAGAUGAAUUGCUAUUAUUAUUAUUAUUGUUGUUGUUAUAAUUCUUUCUCUCUUUAACCUCUGAAAAUGUUUUCAAGGCCAUUUUUGAAUCAAAACAUCUCAAUGAUUUAUAAGACAGAUGCUUUUCUUACUGAAAAUUGUAUGCUGUGUGCAUGCUUGACAAUCAUUUUCUCAGGUUGGGAGGGCUGCAGCUUUACCUUUGCCCAUCUGUGACUGUGAGGGUGUGUGUGUGCGUGUGUGUGUGUGGAAGGAGACUGAAUGGUUCUCUUGCAGCUGUAGCAUCUGCCCGUGAAUCCUCUUCUCGAUUCUUUUUGAACCCUGGUUACAGCACGGUUGAGGAACGCUGAAGACAUUUGCUGAAUCCAUACUUCAAAAACAGGUCAUUUCUGUUGCCGUGGAUUCAGCAGGUGUGUUCAUGCAGCGCAUGUUUCUUAAAAGCCUAAUCUCUGUUUUUCUUAGAAUACGAGCGAUAAGUCUUCCCCUAGAUGUCUUCUGAAAACACUAACAUUUAAAAAAUGAGUAUUUCAUGAUGUCAGAAUGAACACACACUGUUUGUCCAAGUAUUUAUUACCAGGUUUCAGAUAGAGAUGGGAGUGCCGUCAGUAACUGGCGAGUCAUGUUGAAUUUAUCAGAUUUACUCUGUGCUGUAAUCUGAUGGAUCAGAUUAAUGACUGACAGCUCGAGCUCUCCCAUCUCUAGUGUUAUUUGUUCCAAAUUAGAACAUUUCUGAGGCUGCUCGCCACGCACCUCUGUCCUCUCCAUUACUGGGUCAUAAAAAAAAAAAAAUGCUAAAUCGAAUUAUGGUUUUUAAAAGUGUCCUUUUUUUCUAGGAACUGAUUUGAAGCCAUGAUACAAUUUUGAAUACUUUAUAUAUGGCAUUUGAUUUGAGAUGUGCCACGUUUUUCUGCAUGGUGUUCUUUUUUCUGCCUAUAUGCUAAAACCACAGUACAGUCUUUGAACCUACGAUGUAAAUAAAUGUCAAAUCCUGCAGUAACUA